AUGUCUGCUCAAACGUUUGGAGCUUUCAUCACUCAUGAAAGCAGUCCGUCUCCAGUCGUCGUCAGACUCGAUCCUGUUGUCCACCGAGACAAUAUAUCUACGCUUCCCCCAACUGAAUAUGAGUUACAAUGGGGUCAACGAUUGAACGGACCACGAAAGGACCUCUCUCGAGACUCGUCGCCUAUUGGUCGAUCGCUUCCUCAAACCCCUGGCGAGCUCGAACAAAGUCAGCCUCCCACUCCCAAAAGAAGCCACGCCGUAGAAGCCAUUGUCCAAUCUGCGUCCGAUCCGCCGAGAAAUCGCUGGAGGCUGGCAGCGGCCGCUCUUAUGUUCUUUCUCUUAGGAAUAAAUGACGCAGCCACUGGUGCCCUGAUUCCAUAUUUGGAGGAAGAGUACAGUAUCGGCUAUGCAGUCGUGUCUUUGAUUUUCGUCACCAAUGCUGUUGGUUUCAUCUCCAUGGCACCUGUUACUCAGAUCAUAGAGGCACGUCUUGGUCGAUCUGGGUCUUAUAUCAUUGCAACUUCCCUGAUGAGCAUUGGCUAUAUUGCUCUCAUUUGUGCUCCCCCUUUUCCUGUUGUGGUGCUUAGCUUCUACUUUUUGGGUUGCGGAAUGGGCCUGUUUCUGGCUAUGACCAAUGCGUUUGUUGUGAAUCUGUUGAACGGCACCGUCAUUCUCGGAUUUUGCCACGGCCUGUACGGGCUGGGUGGUAUCGUUUCUCCCCUCAUGGCAACAGCAAUGGUGUCCAACGGGGUCCGCUGGUCAUUUUAUUACUUCAUCCCACUUUCUAUAUCGUUAUCGUCCAUUCUAUUCAUGGGAUGGUCUUAUCGGGGCUUUGAAAAUGAUGCUGCUGCACAACUACUUACCACCCUCGAACGCACAGCGUCCCGUCGGGCUGCUGCGGCCUUGGGUGAACGCACCAAAUUAAAACUGCUCAGACGGACACUCAAAAAUCGAACCACUCUUUUGGGUGCUGCCUUCAUCUUUUUCUACCAGGGUGCCGAAGUGGCUAUAUCCGGCUGGGUCAUAUCGUAUUUGAUCCAUUUCCGAAACGGAGACCCUUCGCAAGUCGGUAACGUCACGGCAGGUUUCUGGGGUGGCAUUACCGCGGGACGAUUCAUUCUUACUCAUUUUGCUCACCAGAUGGGAGAAAAACUGGCAGUUAUCCUCCUCAUUACCGGAGCUGCUGUCUUCCAGCUUCUAGUUUGGCUAGUACCCAAUAUCAUUGGGAAUGCCGUGGCAGAGUCCAUCGUUGGCGUCUUCCUAGGACCUGUCUACCCUUGCGCCACCGGAGUCUUUUCCAAACUCUUACCCGUCAACAUUCAAAUCAGCAGUUUGUCCGUGGUGACAUCUAUGGGAUCGUCAGGAGGCGCCCUAGUGCCUUUCAUCACCGGAAUAUUGGCCCAGAAACUGAGUACGGUCGUCCUUCAUCCGGUUGUUCUGAUUUCACUUGCCUCGAUGACAGUCACAUGGCUACUAUUGCCGCGAAUUGGAAAAAGAACGGAAUAA